GCCUUCACCGGAAGUUUCCUUUAUACGCAGAAACCCUGCGCCUCCACGGGAAACUGGUCGUAACGUCGAAAUCCUGCGCCAACAGGGGUCGGGUACAUAUGAGCAGUGUAAAACAAAGAUGUUUUAUCACAUCUCUCUAGAACACGAGAUCCUGCUGCAUCCACGCUACUUUGGACCCAACCUGCUCAACACGGUGAAGCAGAAACUGUUCACAGAGGUGGAGGGUACCUGCACGGGAAAGUAUGGCUUUGUCAUCGCCGUCACAACCAUUGACAACAUCGGGGCGGGAGUGAUCCAACCUGGCCGGGGGUUCGUCCUCUACCCGGUCAAGUACAAGGCCAUCGUGUUCCGCCCGUUUAAGGGAGAGGUGGUGGAUGCUGUGGUCACUCAGGUCAACAAAGUUGGUUUGUUCACAGAAAUUGGACCCAUGUCUUGUUUCAUCUCUCGCCAUUCCAUUCCUUCAGAGAUGGAGUUUGACCCUAAUUCUAAUCCUCCUUGCUACAAAACAGUUGAUGAGGAUAUUGUCAUUCAGCAGGACGAUGAAAUUCGUUUGAAGAUAGUUGGCACCAGAGUGGACAAGAAUGAUAUUUUUGCUAUCGGAUCCCUCAUGGAUGACUAUCUUGGUCUGGUCAGCUGAUGUUCCUGAAGACACUUGGAGAUAUUUAUUUUUUCUAUUUCCUUUGUACCCUUUUCUGUUCAGAAUCAGUAUCUGUGGCCUUUUAGUAAAUUUUGUCACUUUUGACUUCUCCCACAUUAUUGCCCGUUCUGCUUUGAUUCUGUUAUUAGCUUAGCAUUACAUCACUUUUACUUAAUGAGAUCUACUGGGUGGUUGGUGCAUGGGCAGAGAUUAAUGACAUUAACAUUAUUAAAGAGUUUCCGCUAAGAACUGGAAAGAAACCAACAUUGUUUCUUUUGGCAGCACCGCUCAUGAGACCAAAGGUUACUAGAGAAGUCUGGAAAAACAAUCUCUGCAUCUUUUUUCUGCAACAUCCUCUUCAGAGGGCAAUGGAGUUGCAUUCAGCCAGUGCUGGAGAGCUCUGGACCUGGACAGGUUAUCUCCCACAUGGCUUAGCAUGUAGAGAAUGCUUUGUCCCAUAGUGACCGGCAUUUGUUAAUGAACAACUGACGUUAAGUCUGUGUGCAAUGUCCUGCUUUUUGCACCACUUUUUCCCGAGUCUUCAUGGCGAAAAAGAAAAAUGAUGCGUUGUGAUUCACAGAAUGUUCUUGAGAGAGAAUGCUGAUAAGUUUUACAUGCUGAAUAGUGAGCGGUCACAGAAGGAUGGGUAGAAUCAGAGGUACCUGCCACCAUGUCACUGCGGGAAAGGACUGCGCCCUUCGCGCCACAUCUCUACAUUGUGACAGGCCUUCAGAGGUGUUUUCUGGGCUUUCAUUCUUUCAAUAAAACCUUUCAAAUGGCACAUGAGUCACAUGAACCAACACACAACUUGAAGUAAAAGUGCAUCGGCGACACUUGUUAGCUUUGGAUACACAAUAUGGACCUUUGUUUUGGGGUCGGGGGGAUGUUCUACCAGCAAUGUAAAGGCAGCACUGCACAAAGGGCUUCAGCCUGCUGUUCCCUGGAAAAUAUUAACAUGGUUUUUAUUUGUUAAAAUCCUAAGAAGAGGCACAGUGCAGUUUGUGGUAAAAGUGCAGAAGAGGACACGAAUCACAUCAUCUCGGAAGACUGAAAUAAACUCCUUCUAAAUUUAA